AUGUGUGACAUAGAGCGCAUGUUCCAUCGCUUCCGAGUCAGAGAUGACCAUCAAGAUUACAUAAGAUUCCUGUGGUGGGAAGGUGGAAACCUUGAGACAGAACCAGUGAGCUAUCGUCUGAAGGUCAACCUCUUUGGCGCAGUUUCAUCACCAGGGUGCGCCAUCUAUGGACUACGGCAUAUGGCGGAGAAGUUCAAGGACCUUAGCCCAGAAGCCUCCGCAUUCAUAGCUGAAAACUUCUACAUGGACGAUGGUUUAGGGAGCACAGACGAAGUAGAAGAGGCAAUCAAGGUCAUCAAAGGGGCGAGAUCAAUCUGCCAGAAAGGAAACGUGAGACUCCACAAACCGGCGUCAAACAGCAGGGAAGUGCUUGAGUCCAUCCCGCCCUCCGAAAGAGCUAAGGAUAUCAUGGAACUUGAUCUGUCACUUGAUGACCUCCCCAUAGAGAGGGCCCUUGGCAUUCAGUGGUGUAUUGAGUCUGAUGUCUUCCAGUUCCGUCUGACGAUCCAAGACCAACCCCUCACCCGACGAGGCAUCCUGUCCAUGGUAUCUUCGGUUCUUGACCCACUUGGCUUCCUUGCACCAUUUCUGCUGACUGGUAAGCAGAUACUCCAACACCUUUGUAGAGAGAGCACAGACUGGGACCAGCCUCUUCCAAAUGAGCUUGGGGGGCUGGUAAGCCUGGCCACCAUAAAAAUACCUAGGUGCUUCAAACUGACCGAUUUUGGACCCGUCAAACAGAUGGAAAGGCAUCAUUCCUUGGACGCAUCGCUCACAGGGAACGGACAAUGCAGCUAUCUGAGAUUAGUGGAUGAGAUUGAAAGGGUUCACUGCUCAUUGGCAAUGUCUAAAGCAAGGGUGGCCCCCCUGAAGCCUGUAACAGUCCCCAGAUUGGAGCUGCAGGCUGCUGUAGUGUCUGUAAAGAUCAGUGACUUUCUCAACAAAGAGUUGAAGAUCAAAGAAAUGAAGAAUUAUUAUUGGACAGACUCCAGGGUUGUUCUUUGGUAUAUCCAAAAUGAAGCACGCCGCUUCAAAAUCUUUGUUGCCAACAGAGUUCAAAGAAUAAGAGAGUCAUCAGAGCCAGGACAGUGGCGCCAUAUAGCCACAGAUAUCAACCCAGCUGACCAUGCAUCCAGAGGACUGGAGGCAGAAGAACUGGAAACCUCCAGAUGGUUCAAUGGGCCUGCAUUCCUGUGGGAAAAGCAACUCCCUGAGGUAAGCAACUCAACACCUGAUCAUGAUGAAAUCUCAAACGAUGAUCCCGAGGUCAAGAAGGUCACAGCCCUAGCCACUAAAGCCACAGAGAGAACAUGGAUGCUGAAGAGGUUUGAGAAGUUUUCUGAUUGGUCAAGAUUACUCUCAGCCAUAUCUACACUUCGUGAGCGUUGUUUACGCAAGCUAGGUAAAGGUAUACCUGGUUUGACAGAGAUAAGAAGAGCUUCAGAGAAGUUCAUCAUCCUAUGCAUACAAAGAGAAGCCUUUGCAGACGAGAUAGACGAACUGCAAAGAGGAGAACAUCUGAAGAAGGGCAACCAGCUCUUUAACUUGGACCCCUUCCCAGAUGAAGAUGGAAUCCUGAGAGUUGGAGGCAGGCUCAAACAUUCGAACCUGAAUUAUAGAGCCAAACAUCCAGCUAUUAUCCCCAAGAAGACUGCCGUAGCUGAGCUGCUGAUAAAGCAUCAUCAUGAAAAGACUGCACAUCAGGGCAGAGGAAUGACUAUGAAUGAGUUGAGAGCCAGAGGAUUUUGGAUACCAGGUUGCUCUGCCCAGGUCUCCUCACACAUUUUCAAGUGUGUUGUUUGCAGACGUUUCAGGGGAACCAUUCAAGUCCAGAAGAUGGCUGACCUACCUAUUGAUAGAUUAGACGCCUCUCCCCCAUUCACAUACUGCGGAAUUGAUGUCUUUGGGCCAUUUGAAGUGACAGAAAGGCGCAAGACCAUCAAAAGGUAUGGACUUCUGUUCACCUGUAUGGCUUCCAGAGCCAUACACAUAGAGUUAUUGGAUGACAUGACAACGGAUGUCUUUUUGAAUGCCCUGCGAUGCUUUGUCGCCCUCAGGGGUAAAGUACGCCUAAUCCGGUGUGACCGGGGUUCUAAUUUUGUAGGAGCAAGAGAAGAACUGAAUGAGGCCAUGAAAGAGAUCGAUGAUGCAACCAUUCAAGCCCACUUCCAGGGCGAUUGCGAAUUCGUCAUGAACUCCCCAGAAUCAAGCCACAAAGGAGGCGUAUGGGAACGACAGAUCCGAACCAUCCGCAGCGUGCUGAGAGUAGUCCUAGGAUUGUCACAUUCCCGUCUAGACACCUCCUCACUCAGGACAUUGUUCUAUGAGGUAAUGGCGAUAAUCAACAGCCGUCCAUUGACUGUAGAAAACCUCAACGACCCUACUGCACCCCUGCCACUCACUCCAAAUCAGUUGCUGACGAUGAAAUCAGACAUCCUGAUGCCACCCCCUGGGGAAUUCCCCAAGGAGGAUCUGUAUGCCCGGAAGAGAUGGCGCAGGGUUCAGUAUCUUGCCAAUGAGUUUUGGCAAAGAUGGAGAAAAGAAUAUCUCCAGAAUCUCCAACAGCGCCAGAAAUGGCAGAAGCAAAGAAGAAACGUUGAAGUGGGAGACAUAGUGAUCCUAAAUGACGCAGACCUACCAAGAUGCGACUGGAAGCUGGCAAUGGUAGAGACGACUGAGAAAGGAAAGGAUGCUCUAACAAGAACAGUGAAGCUCCGGAUGGCUAGUGCUGAGCUCACAGCUGACGGGAAGCGCAAGGGCAAGGUCCGAUUCCUGGAGAGACCCAUCCACAAGUUGAUUAUGUUGCUGGAAAAGUCCCCAGAUCAGCCUGAUUAA